AUGUGCUCAAUGUACUUUUUCUAUAUAUAUAAUUUAGGUUUCCGUCCUCCGCAUCGUAAUCAGGUGCAAUAUGCCUUGAAACGUCUUCAUUAUGAAAAGAAGAGUGCGCUGAAAGAUCAACUACAACAAUCGAAGUAUAUCGGUGUAACAACUGAUUUUUGGUCCGACCGUCGUACCAAGUCGUGUUUAGUUUUAACGGGUCAUUAUGUAACAAAUCGAUUUCAGUUUGUAUCUUCUGUAUUGAGUUUCACAACCUUUCAACAACGUCACAAUGCUAUUUAUAUUUCACAAGAAAUAGAACAUCAAUUAAAAAAACUAGACAUUUAUAACAAAAUCACAACCAUCACAGCAGAUGGUGCAUCCUCUAUGAGAAAUGCCAUUGAUGCUCUGAGUGAUGGUAUCGGACGAAUUUGGUGUCUCGCGCACAAAUUACAUUUAACGGUGACUAAUGGAUUGUGUUUAUGGUUAAAGCACAAAAAACAAAACGAUGAUGAUAUACAAAAUACGAGUGAUGGUGUUAAAGCCAUGUCAGUCGAUGAUCUUAAUGAAGUUUCAGCCAAUAUUAUAGCUACUGAAACUUCAGCAACACCAAUGAAUUCUGCAACUGAACAAAGCAAACAAAAAGAUGACGGAAUGAAUAUUGAUAGUGAAGAAUCGGCAUUAAGUGAUGAUGAUGAUAUUACUGAAAUUGAUGACAGUGUCGAAGGAGAGGACAAUUGGGAUGAUGAAGUACUGUGUGAGGAGACAAAUGGGCAUACAACAACAAUUACAUCAGAAGAUUGGAGUGAUUGUUGA